GGACCUGAUUUAAGCAUCGCAGUCUCUAAAUGCUUCAUGCAUAGCGCAUAUCAUGCGAACGUAGCGCUAUGGUACGGGGUGGUGAGGUCGCAAACGUAAACCACGUCCACCUGCACCGGUCACGUCCCGCGGGCACCGCUGGCCCGGCACUACAUGCAAGCAUGGAGCUGAGCUAGCUAUUAGUACAUAUUCAAGCUAGCAACUUCUCAAAUCUACAGUAGAUCUUGAUAGCGCUAGCGUCGAGCUACACAUAUAUAUAUGCGCACAUGCACAGCGGACGUCAAAAACAUCGAUGAUAUGCCUGGAUGAUUUCUGCUUUUGAAUCAUUUGAUAUCGUUGGCUAUUGUUUGCUACCAAUAAUUCUGUGAUAUAGUGACUAGUCUACAAACACUGACAAGCGGAUAUUCAUCAGUCUUGGCGGCGAUAGACGAGAACAAACUGGCUUUUAGGCCUUAAUAUCCCCCUUAUCGAUAUCGAGCAAGUUUUUUUUUUUCAAAACUUAUUUUCAUCGAUUUUGAAUGCCUGCCCAUCGCCACCCGGUGCUUGAUCAUGGGAUCAGAGUCAGACGCAUGCUAACUUAAGACUUGGAAUUGGUAGAAUCAAACAACUCGUGCAAACCCUGACUUGAUUUAGGCCUAGUCAAAAUCGAAGUAAAAAAAAAAACUUGUCUGUUUAUGCCAUCGGUAACGCGUAACGGAGUACGUAUCUGGAUCCACAAUGUCAUUCAUAUGGACAAGGUUUUCGAUUCGGAAAGCUUGCUACGUCAUCUUGGCAAUUCUUUUCAUCUUUUCACUCCAUCACAAUGGUGUGUUUGACGCUUCCAGAUAUCACCAAGACGAUGAAGUGUAUCUUCGAAAUUCAGACGAUUUUAGAUAUUCCACCCGAAGAAAAUAUCGUUGCAAUCCCAAGGAGAAGGUCGUCUUCCUCAAGACACACAAGACUGCAAGCAGCACCGCUUCAGCUAUCAUCGAGCGCUACGGCUUCAAUAGAAACUUGACAUUUGCAGUAUCAAAUACAGCCCUGAAGUUCUACCACGGCCCUUUGUUCUCACGUGGUAUGGUUCACGAAGCUUCUGACUCUGCCAUUGGUUGGAAGAAAGCCGAUGGCUAUCAUAUGAUUACCAAUCAUGCACGGUUCAACAAAGCUGAGAUGGAUGAUGUCGUACACAACGCAACAUACAUUACAAUCGUUCGCAACCCGGUCGACCAAUUAGAAUCUGCAUUUGGAUACUUCAAUCUCGGUAAAGGUAUGGGUUUAAAGACAAAGAAUCAUUUGGAAGAAUUCAUGCAAGAUCCAGAGAAAUACUUUGGUUCCGUGAAGAGAGGGUAUUGGCAGUUUGCGAAGAACAACCAGCUCUUCGAUUUGGGUCUGGAUCAUACAUACCAUGAUGAUGAAGAUGCUGUCGCUGAAACCAUUCACAAACUCGACAACGAUUUCGAUCUUGUCAUGGUCAGUGAGUACUUUGACGAAUCUAUGAUUCUUAUGCGUCGAUUGCUUUGUUGGGACAUUGAGGAUGUUAUCUAUAUCUCAAAAGGUAUACGAAGCCCAAGUCAUCGUUUACAGAUGACUAGCAAUUUGCAAGACAAGAUCAAAGUAUGGAACAAGGCAGAUAUGCAACUAUAUCAGCAUUUUAACAAAACAUUAUGGAGAAAGAUUAAAGAAUAUGGACCAAAUUUUCAGCGUGAUUUAGAUUAUUACAGAACAAGACUUGGUGAGGUUGCAGAAGAAUGCAUUGACUUCAGCCGAAAAGGUAGUAAGGAUGUACGAGAGGUGAAGUACGUUCUAAAAGAGGGCGCUCCACAGUUUUGCCAGGAACUUCUGUGGGGAGACGUAGAAUAUACUAGAUUCAUUCAACGUCGGAUGUGGGAUAGGGGUAUACUUUUGCCAAACCCGAAAGUACGGGGAUGAUGGCGUUUCUUUCGAGAGUCUUCAUUAUAUUAGCCUAAAAAUAAUUUAUGUACUGUAUAAGAGUAUUUCCCUAAUGAAGAACUUUUCUGAGAGAAAAAGAUGGGUGUUAUGAUCACAUACAGACAUUCAUAAUGAUUUCAAUCAAUUCCUUAGUAAUGUUUUCUACCCAUAGUGUCGCUGUGCAAUGUCCAUGAGAACAACUCUUCGUAUAAACAUUUGAUGCAGUAUUCAUCUUUUUUUUUAAUGCUAUUGGUAACAUUGAUUAUUAUUGUUCAUGAUAUAGUAGUCGGAUGUUAUUCGUUUGUUAUGUUUAACGUCAAAGAUACAGAAGUUUGAAAUGCAGCCUUAUUCGUCUGCUGGGUUUGACACCAACAAUUAUGUAUGUUUUCAAGUUUUAAAUUCUUAUUUUAUAGACCUGUUUAUACAAUGGUUUCUGAUGUCAAUAUUCUAGUGCAUUAUGUUAUUAAUCUUUUGAGCAAUAAACAUACGCCUAAAUUUCUAUUCCCAAAGGUCCGCUAUUCAUAAUAAAGUGAAAGGAGAUCACUAUUCAUGGAAGUCAUGGCCAUUAUGAUCCGUAAUUCAUAAUGUAAGUGAUAAUUGCGAUUUAGGAGGAACCUUGAAGACGGCUUAUCAAAAUCGGAGAAAGUUUCGUUCUGGGAGAAAAUUAUAGACCUAUAGACACAGAGUCUCACAGUCCUAGAAGGUUACACUUCGUAAUUCCGAAGGUGCCGAAACACGUAAAUUGCCUAUACCUUGAUGUUCGUUAAUCCGAAAACGAAAAAGGGUUCGUUAAUCCGAACAUUUGUGGCGUAUAUCCGAAAGUUCUUUAAUCCGAAAAGGAAAUGUGAGUCGUAAUUCCGAAGGUUCGUUAGUCCGAAAACGAAAUGAGGUUCGUAAUUCCGAAGGUUCGUUAGUCCGAAAACGAAAUGAGGUUCGUAAUUCCGAAGGUUCUUUAGUCCGAAGACGAAAUGAACAACGAACCUCAUUACAUUUUCGGAUUUUCGAACCUACGGAACAACGAACCUUAUUUCGCUUUCGGAUUAACGAACCUUCGGAAUAACGAAGCUUCGGAAUUAAGAAUGUAUACGGUCCAAGAAGAGGGCUACUAAGUCUGAUAAGCUGUCUUCAUUGAAUCAUAGAGCUAUUACAUGUAAUAGCUCUAUAAUUGAAUAUUGAUCCUUUCAUUUAAUCACUAGCGACCCCUUCUUCGACUGUGACUUGCGAUUUUUGUUUCGAUUAAGGACCAUCUGACUUGAUGAAUAUUGAUGAAUAAUGAUCCUUUCCCAAUAUGAUUAUUGGAGACCAUUAUGAUUAACACCUUUAUCUUGAAGAAAACACAGAUAAUCGGACCGUUAUGAAUGGUUAGCCUCUUCAUUUCUUGUAGACAGUUAUAGUUGUCCUGUUUUUAUUUACGGUUAGCUUUCUUAUUUUCCAAAAUAAAUUCCCCACAAAUUCAA